CCAUAGAAUAGAUGGGCAGGACUUUAGUUUGCUAUCUGAAGAAGGCUGUAUCUUGUGAAAGAAACAGUGAAAACGCAUGAGGACAGUGAAAGCGAACAGCGUGGUUAUCGGUUUUGAGACGGGACUGUCAGUCCCAAUAGGCGACGUUAAACACGCUGAAAAGUGAACCAACAAGUUGCGGGUGUUCCAUUAUGGGACACAGGAGUGACAUGUCGUGAGGAUGACCCACAGAAGUAGCCCCGCAAAGGCUUACGAUUUUCUGCUGAAGUUUCUGCUGGUUGGAGACAGUGAUGUUGGGAAGGGGGAGAUCUUGGCAAGUCUUCAGGAUGGAUCCAGUGAAUCACCUUAUGGUUACAACAUGGGAAUCGACUACAAGACAACCACCAUCCUGCUCGAUGGACGGAGGGUCAAACUACAACUCUGGGACACGUCUGGUCAAGGCAGAUUCUGCACCAUAUUCCGGUCUUACUCCAGAGGAGCACAGGGUGUAAUCCUGGUAUAUGACAUCACCAACCGUUGGUCCUUUGAUGGCAUCGACAGAUGGAUCAAAGAGAUUGAUGAGCAUGCCCCAGGUGUGCCCAAGAUCCUGGUGGGGAAUCGACUACACCUGGCCUACAAGCGUCAGGUGAGCACGGAGCAGGCCCAGGUGUACGCAGAGCGCCUGGGCGUCACCUUCUUCGAGGUCAGCCCUCUCUGCAACUUCAACAUCACCGAAUCCUUCACAGAGCUGGCUCGCAUCGUCCUCCUGCGCCAUGGCAUGGAGCGCCUCUGGAGGCCAAACAAAGUUUUGAGUCUGCAGGACCUGUGCUGUCGCUCCAUCGUGUCCUGCACCCCCGUUCACCUGGUGGAAAAGCUCCCCCUCCCCUUCGCCUUAAAGAGCCACCUUAAGUCCUUCUCCAUGGCCAACGGACUGAACACCAGGAUGAUGCAGGGACGCUCCUAUUCGGUCACCGCCAACAGCGCCAACAAGAGGAACAGCCUGAAGAAGACCAAACUGAUUCGGGCGCCUCAGAGCCCCUCCCAGAGCUGUGCCAGGAACAGCUGCAAGAUAUCUUAGCUCUGAGAGCAGGCCGUGUUCCUGAUGACGUCACUGCGCAGGGCCAGAGCACCAUCGCUGAGGGUCGGCUAGCAGGGGCCAGGGAGGCCUGCCCUUUCCUGCUGCCUGGUCCGCUCCAGAUUUAGCAGCUUCCCGGCGGAUUGACCGCAGUCUGCGUUUGGAGACGGGAGUUGCAUAACGCAGGGUUUUUACUUCCGGUCUGAGCCAUUGUUGCUGUUUUAUGUUCAGUAUGAAGCAUUUAUAAUAUAUAAAUAUAUCAUAAAUGUGUGACUUUUGGUCAGGGCUCAGAAGGUUGGAAGCCACAGAAUGGAAUAGGUGUAAUAUUUUCAUCAUUCCAGACGAUACCAGAGAUUCUGUGUUUGAUGACUGGACAAGCUAAACCCUGGAUUUCAGCAGUUUCUCAGAUGGUCUCUUAGAUGGUCAUCUUUGAAAUGAAUUACAGAGAUUACUGAAGUUAUACUGAGAUUUAAUUGCAAUUGAUAAAAAAGCAGCUCUUUUAAAAUGUAUUUGAUAUGUAUAAUAUUUGAUACUGUUGUGUUUUAAUGUUUGGUUUGUGUCACAGUUUAAUUCUAUAAAAGUGUACAGUAAUGGGCACUGCAGUCCUUCCAAAAGGAAGAUACCAAAGACAUUGAGACGGCUUAAGAGGAUGUCUGCACAAAAAUAUGUUUUGCAGUUAAGAACACUAUGACUUUCCAAUAAACAUUGCCACAGGAUAAA